AUGGACCCUCAGUAUGCUACCGUUGACCAGUUAGCUGAGAUUACCGAUACCAUGGCGUCACUUAGGGACGCUAUCUUGGGACUGGGUCAGAGGAUUGAUAGGCACCAGGCCCAGCCAUUGCCGAUUCCAGGGAGCACCCUGCAUGACUCUACCACACCACCACCACCACCACCACCACCAUCUGGGCCAUCUGGACCUACUAUACAGCAGGACUACAUAGUUCCACCACCACCACCACCACCGGUUCAGUCAGCUCCCCAGGGUGGAGCAUUUGUGUUGCAUGGUCAGACUGAGACUACGCCGCAUUCUGUUGUGGCACCAGCACAGAUUGUUGAUGAUACCCAGGCUCGGAUUGACAGGAAUGAGCAGAGAAUGAGAUCACUACAUGUUUCUGAUGGGAUGAUGAGGUGGGAUGGAUAUGAUGAUCUGCCAGUAGUAGCUUUGCCUGUUGAGUUCCGCAUGCCGGACAUUGAGAGAUACACGGGGAUAGGGUGCCCCCGUAUUCACUUGCAGUUAUACAGCACUGUUAUGCGCGGGCAUAGACUGGAUGAGGCACAAAUGAUUAUGUUAUUCCCUCUAUCAUUGAGCGGUGCUGCUCAGUGUUGGUUUGCCUCAUUGGACCCUUCGAGACGUAGGACAUGGGCUGAUUUGGGACAGGAAUUUAUUAGACAGUAUUCUUUCAAUACUAUAGUGGAUGUAUCCCGGAGGGAGUUAGAGGCCCUUAGACAGGGGCCGGAUGAGUCAGUUACUUCAUUCAUUUCCCGUUGGAGGGAGAAGAUAGCACAGACUAUUGAUAGUCCUUCAGAGCGCGAUCAGAUCAGUAUGAUUAUGCGUAGCCUUCAGCCCCGCUUUGCUAGGCAUCUCAUGGGCUUCCCUCAGACAGACUUUGGCUCGUUAGUGCAGGCCCUCUAUGGUAUUGAGGAGGGUAUAUCUAGAGGUUUAUGGGCAGAUUCUUCCCCUUCAGACUCAAAGGGGAAGAAGUCAGGAUCAGGCCCCAGGCCCUCAGAUAUGAUACAGCAUGAUCAGUAUAGACCAGUUGCUCUCAUUAGGCCAGUAGGGCCUACUUAUCUACAUCCGUCACCACAGCCGGUAUAUGCUACACAGGCACCCCAGAGGCCACCUAUGCAGUUCCAUCAUCAGUAUAGAGCACCGCCUCCACUGAGGCCAGUUAGACGGACACAGCUUAGGAUGCCACUGAGCCGAGCUUUUCAGAGAUUGAGAGCAGGCCAUGAUACAGACAGUUGUUCAGCACUGAGACAUGCCAUUCAGGAUUUGAUAGAUCAGGGCUUGGUUGAUUUGGGGCGCCCGAGUGUGGCCACAGACCCGCUACCUACUCAUGACACUAGAGCAGUACCUCCACCCUCGGAAAGGGUACAUUUGAUUGAGUUUGCAGGGGAUGAGAUAUUUAUGAUGGGUUGGGAUGGAGAGGCUCCUCAGCCGAUCAGUCUAUAUGAGGAGUCAGAUUUUGUUGGAUAUAUACCUAGACAGCAGAUCCCCAGGCCAUUCAGUUUGACCCCGGACGAAAUUUAUGGGCCGCCUCCAGUAUCACCGGUGUACUUACAACAUGUGCCACCUAUGACACCCUUCAUUAUGUUCCCAGAGGAAUAUAGGCCCCCUCAUAGAGAUGUUCAGAUAGUUACACGAAGUGGAAGGGUAGCACAACCUCCACCCGUUGACAGGCCAUUUGCUGGUAUAGCUGCCAGAUAG